UUGACAUAUACGCGCAGCAAAACACAGAGAAACAUAAAAACAUAAAUCGCGUUCUUCUUUCUCGUUGAAACCGGCCUAACUCUUCCUUGUUGAAACCCCAAAUCAUCUUCUUUUUCUUCUUCUUCAUGAUUUGUUCUUCAUUCUUUGUUCUUCUUGAAACUCUUCCUCAAUCUUUCAUUUAUUUCCAUCCCCAAUUUCUUCUCUCAACUUCGUCACAUCGAAUACUCACGAUUCCUCAAUUUCUUUGCUCCACCCCAAAUUUCGUAGCUCUUCUCUGUGAUUAGAUAUGUAAUCAUCCAUGACUAAAGAUUGUUCCUUGUUCGAAACUCUCAAAAUCGUUCACCACUGAAGAUUGGUUCACAAUCGUGAAACCCUAGGCACAGCCUCUGAGCCAUCGGUGCCGCUUCAUUUUAUUCUUCGAGUUUAGAUUCAUUUGUCCCUGAUGAGCAAGGGAUGCUCUUUUCUACUUUAGUAGAUGGAUUGUUCUGCAUAUAUAUCAUACUAGUGGAGAUAUCAAUGAUUAUAAUGAUCAUACUUAAUGUUGAUGUGUUCACUUGGUUGUGCUGUGAUACUUGGAUGCAUUGCAGAACCAGUCUGUCAAAGACGGUGAAACUGUAAAUAAUGCUUCAGAUUUGUCUGAGCCUCCUCUAGAAACACGGCAAACAGAAAGUCAUCUUGAAUCUGACAUUUCUACCAAAAGUUUGAUGGAAAUUGACGCAGUACCUUCUAGACCUGUCAAUGGUUGCCAGGUACAGAAGCUUCCAGUAGCCUGUGAGGGGGAAUUCACAAGUAAACAACUGAAAGUCAGCGAAACAGACGAAGUGAGUUUAAUUAAAUUGAAAGCUACAGAGAGUUCUGUUGUAGAGUGGCUGAAGAACUAUGAUGAAGGGGCUAAUUUGAAUGAUAUUUUAGAGCACUUCAAUGGAUCCAAUGAAGAUUCCAUUGUUGAACUGAGUGAUGCAUAUCAAAGCUACUGGCUGCUACAAUCUUUUUUGCUCAGGAUUUAUUCAGGGGAUGCGAUGGUUCUGUACUAUUAGAAACCACACCAGGUACCCCAUUUGAGAAAGACCAUCCUGCAAAUAAUCGAGGUAUUCGUUGAUUUUGCGAUGUUGUUUGAGGUGUUCGAGAUGAAGAUCCUAAAGGGAAAGAAAUGGAGAGAGCAUUGAUGAGGUUACUUGGAAAUUCAACAUCACUAUAGCUAGCUUCCUGUUGUUUUCAUUGGUGGUAAAUUAGUUGGUUCUAUGGAUAGAGUUUUGGCUUUUCAUAUUAAUGGGCUGUCUGCUUGGAAUUAGACUUGGAAUUAAUAUUAGUGAUAAUGUUAAGUAUUGACUAUUAAUGUGUUGAAUGUAACUUUGUUAGCUUGUUAAUUAGGAAUUGACAAUGACUUGUGGAAAAUAAUAUUCGGAAUUAUGUCAAUUUUCUUGUGCGUUA